UUCGACUUGACAACUAAAGCGAUCCGUCUGCGAGAGCCGAACUUGUUGAUUUUUUUUCCUGCAGCACACAAACCCGCGCGCUUAUCUGAGUCUGACACAUGAGCAGUAAAGUAAAAGCGCACAUCUUGCUGCAGCCUGCAUCUGAGAGAGGAGCGCGCAACGCAGCAACUCCUCACAGGAGGCGCACAGAAGCUCGCCUGUCUGCGACUAAAAUCUGGGAUAUUGAGCAUAAGGUCCACACCGUCCUCUCUGGAUGGAGGGCACAGGCAGCAGCUGGACAGCCGAGCACAGCGCCACAUUCGUGCAGCGCGACGACGGCGGGAACGACACGGCUCCGGUGUUUGAGGUGGUGCUGCAGAACAGCUCCUCCACGCGCAUCCCUCAGUUUGCUGGUGUGGAGCUACUUCAGUCCUUCAAGCUGCUGAUAAUACCCUGCUACACCCUCGUGGCAAUCGUAGGCAUCUUUGGCAACUACCUCCUCCUCUAUGUGAUAUGCCGCACCCGCAAGAUGCACAACGUCACCAACUUCUUCAUUGGAAAUCUGGCUUUCUCUGACAUGCUGAUUUGUGUCACGUGCGUCCCCUUCACCCUGGCCUACGCUUUCAACCCUCACGGCUGGGUGUUCGGCCGAUUCAUGUGCUACCUGGUGUACCUCAUCCAGCCGGUGACGGUUUACGUGUCUGUGUUCACGCUUACUGCCAUCGGCGUGGACAGAUAUUACGCCACCGUUCACCCGCUGAAGAAGCGCAUCUCCGUGUUGGCGUGUACCUACCUUCUGUCUGGGAUCUGGCUGCUGUCCUGUGGCCUCGUGGCUCCUGCUGUGGCUCACACCUACCACGUGGAGUUCAAAAACGAGGGCUUCACCAUCUGCGAGGAAUUCUGGAUGGGUCAGGAGAGAGAGCGUCUGGCUUACGCCUACAGCACACUCCUCAUUACCUACGUCCUGCCUCUGUCGGCGCUCUGCAUCUCCUACCUGUGCAUCUCAGUCAAGCUGAGGAACUGCGUCGUGCCGGGCCACCACACCGAGAGCCAGGCGGAGGCUCAGCGCCUGCGCAAGCGCAAGACGUUUCGCCUUGUGAGUCUCGUGGUCGCAGCUUUUGGCGUCUGCUGGAUGCCCAUUAGCGUGUUCAACGUCCUGCGUGACAUUGACAUUGAUCUUAUUGAUAAGCGCUACUUUCUGCUCAUACAGCUGCUCUGCCAUCUGUGCGCAAUGAGCUCGUCUUGCUGUAACCCUUUCCUCUACGCAUGGCUGCACGACCGCUUUCGCGCCGAGCUUCGCAAAAUGUUCACAUGCCGCCGCCGGAUUGGCAUCUCUGCCAACAACUGCGCCACAGCCAGCGUGGUUUUGUGAAGCUCCUCUUGCUUCGUGCCGCGGUCGAGUAGAUUCGUCUCAUUCUGAUAACUGUCUGAUCCCGUUAAGUUUCAAGUGCAGAGGAGAUCUUGUCAACCGUAUCUCACUUAACCUUAAAACAAAAUAAACAAAAUAAAACAACCCCAUGUUCUACACUUUUGCUUCGCACAACUGGGCAUUUUUUUACUACUGAGAAGCAAAUGAUUGCUUCCUGGAGUGUCGCUCCCAGUCGCUAACAUUUGGCCAUGACGUUAUGUACGAAGCUUAUUGGAAAUUGCCUGCAUUGUAAACAACUAUCCUCCACUAUGAACAGAGAAGUGGCGAGCAGAGCAAGGCUGCUGCUAACAUUUGGAAGUGUGACCAACGUGGACUGAACGGUUUCAUUCACGUCCUCCGUUGCUGUUGCUAAAGCUACAGGCAGACUACAGAAAAUCUACGUCAUCGUUCAUAACUUCUCCUUCUGUUCGCUGAUUGGCCAGGAUGAAUUUCAACCAGAGAAAUCGAGAUCAAUGGGAGAAAGCCCAGUCAGAGCACUGAAGGGAGAUGAGAAUCUAAUGUAAUUGCGUAGAAAGGCAAUGGCCAGGCUAGCUCAGAACUCAGUGUAGCCAUAUAAUGUAAAAAUGUAAAGUGUCCCAUUUGGUCAACUGUUGUUUGCUUACACACUGAACUGAAAAUAAAAUAAAUUAAAAGUAUAUUGUUGGGAUGUCAAAUUUGAUUCCUUUCUCUUUUUUGUUUAUUUAUUUUAAUAUGUUAAACAAAUAGUUGUGUAGGUUUUUGUAAACUUUCAUAAUUAUGGCUCACAGCUUUAAUCCAAACCUGAAAUUCAAUUUCCCCAAACAAUUUUUACUGUUAUGUUUUGUCCUACAUGAUCAUGUAGGGAGAUUGAUGACUUAGCAGAUUAUCUGGAAGAUAUUACAACUUGCAAAAGAUGUAAAAACAACCUUGAAGGGAUUGCAAAUCUAAGUUCAUUCAAGAGUUUGGUGGAAAUUCACAAGACGUGGAAUGUGGGUGGAAUCAGUGCUUCAAGAGCCACCAGACACAGACGUAUUCAUCUGUCACAUUCCUUGUGUUAGGCCACCUGUAAAACCAGACACAAUGCAAGAAGAGCCUCACCUGGGCUAAUGGGGAAAACAAAAAGUUUUUCUACAUGGUUUAACUGAUGUAGAUAUGUUUUUUACAACAUUUUACUGACCAUUUGAAGGUUUGCCUUCUCUUCUCCUUUCACACUGUAACAAUUCUAAUGUUGCGUUGUGGUAGUGUAUGGGUGUUGCUAAUUGGUUGAACAAGCAGCUUGAUAUUUCAUCAGGGGCAUUCAUGACAGA